UAUUACAAUAUACAAUUGUAAAUGUGUUUCAGGCGGGCUACCAUACCUAAUCCUAAUAAUCACACUGGUGUUAUGCUCCAUUCUGCUGGCGACCAUUGCCCUCAUCAUCAUCGUGGUGGUGACAAGACAAAAGAGAAGCAGGAGGCAAGACUCAUUGGAGGACACCGCAAUCAGCUACGAUGAUCUAGCCAAGCCCGGUCUUACUGCUAUGGAAGUCCAGCCAGACAUGAGAUCUCUGGAGCCACGAGGGGAUCCCCGGGCAUUCAUGCCUUUCGCCCCGCUACCACCACGACGAUUUGGACCUCAGGGGCCGGUCGACUCGCAGAGACGAUUGAUUCCUGUGCCGGAGGAAGAGGGCGGCUCCGACGAGGGAAGGCAGUCACAAGAAAACCUCUUCAACUUCUCAGCGUACGAAUACAACAGCGGCAACCUGGGCGACGCCGAGGAGGAGGACGUGGAAUAUGAGGCACAACCGGAGACUCAACCAGGGGCGGCCGCAGCUCCCCUGAGGCAUAUGAGACCAGCUGGGUUCAUUAGGGGCAACCAGAGAUCUCUUUCUAACUCGGGCACUUGA